CUAAACAUCGCAAACAUCGAUAAUUAGCACCAAACUACCAACUGCUUUCACUUCCCCACCAACUAACCACCAUGUCCCCCCGCGUCGUCGACGAGGUCUCCGGCUGGCUCCGCCGCUACGACGACGGCUCCGUCGACAGGGCCUGGACCGGCCCGCCCGAGGUCAAGUUCAUGUCCGACCCGGUCCCUCCCCACAAACACUUCGUCGACGGUGUCUCCACUCAUGACGUCACCAUCGACCCGUCCUCCGGCCUCCGGGUCCGGGUCUACCUCCCGGAGCCCCGCUCCGGCGAACAAGACAGGAAGCUCCCGGUGUUCCUCCACCUCCACGGCGGCGGGUUCUGCAUCAGUCAACCUGACUGGUUCAUGUACUACAACACGUACACCAACCUCGUCCGAUCGGCCGGAGCCGUCGUCGUCUCCCCUUACCUCCGCCUGGCCCCGGAGCAUCCGCUCCCCGCUGCCUGCGACGACGCCUUCUCCGCCCUCCUCUGGCUCGAUUCGCUCGCCGCGAACCAAAACGACGCCGGAUCAUUUUCGUGGCUCAGCUCCCGCGCGGAUUAUCAGCGAGUUUUCCUCAUCGGGGACAGCUCGGGAGGCAACUUAGUCCACCAGGUGGCGUUGAGGUCCGGGUCGGCGGCAACGGCGCUGGGGCAGGUGAAGGUGGCCGGAGCGAUUCCGAUCCACCCGGGGUUCCUGCGGUCGAAGAGGAGCCGGUCGGAGAUGGAGCAGCCGGAGUCGCCGCUCCUGACACUGGAGAUGGUGGACAAAUUCUUGGGAAUGGCGCUGCCGGUCGGGGCCACGAAGGACCAUCCGAUCACGUGCCCGAUGGGGCCCGAUGCUCAGCCGCUGGACGGGACGAAGCUGCCGCCGUACCUGCUGGUGGUGGCGGAGAAGGACCUGGUGAAGGACACGGAGAUGGAGUUCUACGAGGCGAUGAAGGCUGCAGGGAAAGAUGUGGAGCUUUUGAUCAAUGCUGGGAUGGGACACAGCUUUUACCUGAACAAGAUUGCUCUGGAUCUGGAUCCGCCUACUGGGAUCGAAUUCGCAAAGAUGAUCGAAGGGAUCGUUAAGUUCGUCGAUAAUCACUGAUCGAAAGACGUCGGAAGGUUGAUGUAAUUCCAGAUAAACCAUAGCGAUGAACCCAACUCCUCCCUGGUACAAACAAAGAUGAAUGUUUGCUAUUUUGCAGGAAAGAUUUUCUCUUUUGCUCAUUACAAUCAAUAAAUCAGCUGAUCUUCU